UCCCGCCCACCGUGCCGCUCCGGCUCCGGCUCCGGCUCCGGCUCCGGCUCCCGCAGUCCCGAGGCGGCUCCGGGCAAGGCCUGGCGGGUCCAGUCUGGAGCACAGCUCUGUCCAGUCGGGCGGAGGCAGCAGCGUUGGGCGCAGAGCUGAGAUGCGGCGACUCUGGGGCACCCGGCUGUGCCUGCUGCUGGUGGCGGUGGUCCCCGUGGCCCCAGUGCCGGCUCCGACAGUGACUUCGGUUCCGACAGCGACUUCGGUUCCGACAGCGACUUCGGCUCCCGUCGAGCUCGGCCAGGCUCUGGCUCUUAGCUACCCGAGGGAAGAGGCCACCCUCAACGAGAUGUUCCAGGAGGUGGAGGAACUGAUGGAGGACACGCAGCACAAACUGCGCAGCGCGGUGGAGGAGAUGGAGGCAGAAGAAGCUGCUGCGAAAACGUCGUCAGAGGUGAACCUGGCAAACUUACCUGCCAACUAUCACAAUGAGAGCAACACAGAAACCAAGGUUGGAAAUAACACCAUCCACGUGCACCGAGAAAUUCACAAGAGCACCAACAACCAGACUGGACAGACGGUCUUGUCAGAGACAGUGAUCACGUCUGUGGGGGAUGAAAACGGCACACGGAGCCACGAGUGCAUCAUUGACGAGGACUGCGGGUCCCGCAGCUACUGCCAGUUUGCCAGCUUCCGGUACACCUGCCAGCCGUGCCGGGACCAGCACACGCCCUGUACCCAGGACAGCGAGUGCUGUGGAGACCAGCUGUGUGUCUGGGGUCACUGCACCGAAACAGCCACCAAAGGCAGCAACGGGACCAUCUGUGACAACCAGAGGGACUGCCAGCCCGGGCUGUGCUGUGCCUUCCAGAGAGGUCUGCUGUUCCCUGUGUGCACACCCCUGCCCAUGGAGGGCGAGCUCUGCCACGACCCUGCCAGCCGGCUUCUGGACCUUAUCACCUGGGAGCUGGAGCCUGACGGAGCUUUGGACCGAUGCCCGUGUGCCAGGGGCCUCCUCUGCCAGCCUCACAGCCACAGCCUGGUAUAUGUGUGCAAGCCGACCUUCGUGGGGAGCCAGGGCGGAGACCAAGACAGAGAGGGCCCGGUGCCCAGAGAGGCCCCCAGCAGUUACGGAGACCUCAGCUUCAUCGACGAGGUGCGCCAGGAGCUGGAGGACCUGGAGAGGAGCCUGUCGGUGGAAGCGGCUGUCGGGGCGCCAGAUGCCACCUCUGAGCUGCUGGAGGGAGCAGACAUCUAGACCCGGCUCGCCCUGCGGGUAGACGUGCAAUAGAAGUAGCUAAUUUAUUUCCCCAGCUGUGUCCUCUAGGUGUUGGCUCACCAGGCUUUUUCCAUGGCCUCUUCCCAGAACACUGUCCCUCUGGCUGGAAACAAAAUGAGGUGCUGCGCCCGGGUCCCGCUCCCGGACUUCACACCGCGCAUCACGGUUCUGGUGC